UUUUAGGUUGUUUGGUUCGUAAAAAGACGUCUCUGCUUGCCUAACUCUGAUCUAAACAAAAAAUAGAACUCAAAAGAAAGAGAAAUAGGAAUAUAAGGGUGGAGCUAACCGAUCGAUGGUAUCUUCGGAAAGUCGUGAAUGCAUAGUGUCCCCUACAAACGAGUCAAGGGUUUCUGUUAGUGUAAUUGAUAAAAUGAACAACUACAAUCACCCUCCACCAAGAUCAUUUGACUUUGACGAUGAGCCACCGAUGGUUAAAUUGGAUUUUGAAGCCAAUAAUGGGGAAAGGCCAAGAGGUGGAAGUGGACGACGUCAACUCGAGCCAAUAUCACAGAGUACACUGAACAUGUUCGCCUGUCUCGUUGCAGCUACAAUCGCAACUCUCGCAGUUAUCGGACUCGUCAUUACAUUUUUCGUACUGGCUUUAAAAUAAGCUAUUAUCAAGCAAAAUGAUUAAUUCAAGAAAGCAGAAUAUAUUGUAUAAACUUGCACAUUCACUCAAAAUCUCAUUAUUGUAAUCUUGAUAUUAAUACGGAAAUUAUUGUAUACUUACAAACUCAAAAUGUGCAAAAUUUUUGAAAAAUCAAUAAAUAUUUACCUCGUCUU